UUUACAAUUUGGCAAAUUGUUUAUGACGAUGAAGCUUGAAUUCAUUGUUAACCGUUGUAUUUAUUUUGCUUAAAACUGUUUCCAUAAUCAGAGGAGGAGAGGAAACGACAGGUAGGUUUGUGUUAAAUCAAAAACGGGUUACGUGGUGUCAUUUCAAAUCACUAACCAACAUGCUGGCCAAUCAAUCAUAACAUCCCUAAUCAUUGUAUGUGUAGAGUAACAUUUGCUUCUUCAUACUUUAGUUACCUGUGUAAUCUGUCUGCUGUCUGCAUCACUCACUCAACCUCUGUAAUGUGUUAUUGUCAGUUUGUCUCGCCCCCGCUUUCUCAGCUUCAGUAGUAGUAGUAGUAGUAGUAGUAGUAGUAGUUUUUGUAUGCAGCUUGGCUGAAUGUGUGCCUGAAUUUGUUUUUACAAAAAAUAUAUAGUAUAUGCAAUGUACUGUCUAUACAUUUUUACUGAAAUAUUUUAUUUCUCUUAAAGCCUCAGACGUACAGGCCCCUCUCUCGCUCCUGCAGCAUCCACCUCCUCCCCCCUCAGCAGCGGCGGCGGCAGCAGCAGCAGCACAGAAGGGGGCUGGUGUCUCUGCCGUGGACGAGCCCACGGAUGAGGAGCUGCUGGAGGCCACACAGGACCACAACGAGCCCCUGCAACCUCCAGCAGCCAUGGAGGUGACGGCCGAGACACCAGCUCCCGCGCCACAUCCUGGAGCUGCCAGUCCCCCGCCACCUGGAGUGCAGGAGUUGACGGAGCCAGCCGUCCUCCCUCCCCCGCCUCCUGCUGGCAGUUCUGAGCUGCUGCCUGCGUCCUGGCGGGCAGCUCUCACUGCGGAGCAGCAGCAGUGGAUCGGCCGGGUGCUGUUUACCAGGAGCAGCAAGGGGAGGUCCCAGCUCAUCAAGGAGCUGAACGUAUGGUGGUACCCUGCCCAGACCCGGCCGAUCUACACCCAGCCUCCCGCGUCCCCCGACCCCUUCUUUGCAUGUCGGCUGUUCCUGUGGAUGCCACACAGGAUCUGGCAUCUGCAGCUGACAUGCCCCCAGCCUUUGUGCACCGGUACCAUGACAAAGGCUGGGCUGUACAGGACCAUCCAGAGGGUCCUGGACAUCGACGGCUGGUAUCUCAUGGCCACUGAGUACCUAGAGUGCCGUCGGUGUAAGAAGAAGGUCGGAGGGUGGUCACAGGGCAUCAUCAGGCAGCUGUCCCCCACCUACAGCUGCCAAUUCCCAGCUGUACUUACGUACAAGCUGUCCUGUGACCUUAGGGUGGUCGCACAGCUGAGGUCUCGCACUCUGGGCAACAGUGCUUCUCGGCUGUGCAACACCCUGCGGGAGGCGCACUCAGAUGCCUGGAUGCGGAGAGCUAUCGCGUACCUCGGCGUGUGCGAGCAGUUCCUGGCCUUGUGCACGGUGAGGGGGCAGUUCCCACCACCACCCCAGAUGCCCCCUCUCCCCUCCGCCGUCUGGCUGUUAACAGUCUACAGCCAUGACGUCCUGACGCGGCUGGAGGAGUACAAGGCCAGGAUCACGUCCACCUUCGGAUCCAUCCUAAAGAUGGAUUCCACUAAGAAGGCAAGUGAAGUUUGUGACCGUUUUAAUAUUUGGCACAGCUGUGUGUUCAUGGACUCACAAUAA